AUGCCCUCCAACAACCGCCGCCACGCGGUCGCCGAGCUCGCCGGCGCCACGGCGGCCGAGUGCGUGGCGGUGUGCUGCUGCUUCCCCUGCGGCCUCGCCAACUUCCUCCUCCUCGCAUUCUACAAGCUCCCCGCGGGCCUCUGCCGGCGCAUGCUGCGGAGUCGGCGGCGCCGGAAGAUGGUGAAGCGAGGCCUCCUGCAACUGCCAGCCGCGGCCACCGUCUGCACGUGCGGCGCAUGCGAGCAGCAGAGAGUCCACCCCAUGUGCGCCAAGGACGCCUUCGACGUGAAGCGUCUCUAUGCGGCGGAGGCUGAUAACGAUAACGAUAAGGAUGACGAGAAGGCUGAGGUUUUGGCUCUUGAGAAGGAGAUGUGGGACCAGUUUUUCAGCACUGGCUUUUGGAGAAGCUCUUCCAACAGAGAAUCAUCCCAACUCUCUGCGCCUUGA